AUGUCAGAUGAAAAGAAAGAUUUAAAUCUAGAAAAGCAAAUAUUUUCGGAACAAAUCGAGAAGAUAUUGAAAGAGUUACCAUUCAAAGUACAACCAUUAAUUAUUAAUAAAAAUGAUUCAAUGAAAAAGCGAAUUGAACUGGGGUUAUCGCAAGUUGAGACCGAAGGAUAUGUUUUGCUAGUGGGCAAAUCCAGUGCGGUUCAAAAAGCCAUCUCAAUUACCGAAAUAAUUAAACAGAGAAAGACUUUGAAGCAGUAUAAUAAACUUUCGAAAAUCUCGAUAGUAAAGCACAGUGAUAUAGAGAGUUCUAAAACAAUUAAUUUGCCAAUUCUUCUUUCUCUAUUAGCAGUUGAUGAAGUCAACUGCCAAUGGACGAAACAAUAG